AGCCCGCCUUCUCCGACAAAUAAAGGUCGUAGCCGCCGAAUCUACGGGCGGAGCUAAAUUUAUCACGAUUAAUGCUGCCGCGGGAACACCCAAAGUGGAGCCCCACGUAGCAAGAAGAUGACCCGAAGUUGCUCGGCAGUUGGCUGCAGCACCCGAGACACCGUGCUGAGCCGGGAGCGCGGCCUCUCCUUCCACCAAUUUCCAACUGAUACCAUACAGCGCUCAAAAUGGAUCAGGGCUGUUAAUCGUGUGGACCCCAGAAGCAAAAAGAUUUGGAUCCCAGGACCAGGUGCUAUACUAUGUUCCAAACAUUUUCAAGAAAGUGACUUUGAGUCAUAUGGCAUAAGAAGAAAGCUGAAAAAAGGAGCUGUGCCUUCUGUUUCUCUAUACAAGGUUCUUCAAGGUGUACAUCUUAAAGGUAAAGCAAAACAGAAAAUCCUAAAACAGCCACUUCCUGAUAAUUCCCAAGAAGUUGCUACUGAGGACCAUAACUACAGUUUAAAGAGACCUCUGACAAUUGGUGCAGAGAAACUAGCUGAGGUGCAACAGAUGCUACAAGUGUCCAAAAAAAGACUCGUUUCUGUAAAAAACUACAGGAUGAUCAAGAAGAGAAAGGGCUUACGAUUAAUUGAUGCACUUGUAGAAGAGAAAUUACUUUCUGAAGAAACAGAGUGUCUGCUACGAGCACAGUUUUCAGAUUUUAAGUGGGAAUUGUAUAACUGGAGAGAAACAUCUGAGUACUCCACAGAAAUGAAACAGUUUGCAUGUACACUCUAUUUGUGCAGUAGCAAAGUCUAUGAUUACGUAAGAAAGAUUCUCAAGCUGCCUCAUUCUUCCAUCCUCAGGACAUGGUUAUCCAAAUGCAAACCCAGUCCAGGCUUCAACAGCAACAUUUUUUCUUUUCUUCAGCGGAGAGUAGAGAACGGAGACCAGCUCUAUCAGUAUUGUUCACUGAUAAUAAAAGGCAUAGCUCUCAAACAACAACUUCAGUGGGACCCCAACAGUCACCGUUUGCAAGGGUUUAUGGACUUUGGCCUCGGCAUACUUGAUGCUGAUGAAACGCCCCUCGCGUCCGAAACUAUUCUGUUGAUGGCAGUGGGUAUUUCUGGUCACUGGAGAACACCUCUUGGUUAUUUUUUUGUUAACAGGGCAUCUGGAUAUUUGCAGGCUCAACUGCUUCGUCUUACCAUUGGCAAACUGAGUGACAUAGGGAUCACGGUUCUGGCCGUCACCUCUGAUGCUACAGCGCACAGCGUUCAGAUGGCCAAAGCAUUGGGAAUACAUCUUGAUGGAGACAACAUGAAGUGUACAUUUCAGCAUCCCUCAUCUUCUAGUCAACAGAUUGCAUACUUCUUUGAUUCUUGCCACUUGCUCAGAUUAAUCAGAAAUGCAUUUCAGAAUUUUCAGAGCAUUCAGUUCAUUAAUGGCACGGCACAUUGGCAGCACCUUGUGGACCUGGUAGCACUGGGGGACCAGGAAUUAGCAAACAUAGACGGACUCCCAAGAAAACUUGCAAAUUUGGAAAACCACGUGCUGAAGACGAACUGUGCUGCCCAACUGUUCAGUGAGGGUGUGGCCAGUGCGUUGGAGUGCUUGCUGUCAUUAGGCCUGCCUCCUUUUCAAAACUGUAUUGGUACCGUCCAUUUUUUACGCUUAAUUAACAACCUGUUUGACAUUUUUAAUAGUAGGAACUGUUACGGAAAGGGACUUAAAGGACCUCUACUGCCUGAAACUUACAGUAAAAUUAAUCGUGUGUUAAUUGAAGCCAAGACUAUCUUUGUUACAUUAUCUGACGCUAGCAACAAUCAAAUAAUUAAAGGUAAACGAAAACUAGGAUUCCUGGGAUUUUUGCUUAAUGCUGAAAGCUUAAAAUGGCUCUAUCAGAAUUACGUUUUCCCAAAGGUCAUGCCUUUUCCGUAUCUUCUGACUUAUAAAUUCAGUCAAGAUCAUCUAGAAUUAUUUCUCAAGAUGCUUAGACAGGUAUUAGUAACCAGUUCUAACCCUACCUGUAUGGCAUUCCAGAAAGCUUACCAUAAUUUGGAGACCAGAUACAGAUCACAAGAUGAAGUUUUUCUAAGUGACGUAAGCAUCCUUGACAUUUCAAUUGCUCGAAGGACAGACUUGGCCCUCUGGACCGUUCAGCGUCAGUAUGGCGUCAGCGGUCUUAAGACUCUUUUUCAUAAAGAGGAUAUUUGCCGAGACUGGUCUAAUUGUUCGCUAAGUGAGACGUUGCUAGAUCUGUCAGACCAUCAGCAAAAACUCACCUGUUGUGCCAGUUAUGUUGCAAAUAAGUUAUCAGCUCUUUUAACUUGUGAGGAAUGCAUCAGUGCACUGUAUGCAUCAGAUCUCAAGGCUGCUAAAAUUGGGUCACUCUUGUGUGUGAAAAAGAAGAAUGGUUUACAUUUCCCUUCACAAAGUCUAUGUCAAGUCAUAAGUAUUUGUGAGCGAGUUGUAAGAACCCAUUCAAGAAUAGCAGUCUAUGAACCACUUCCUAAACAGAGAGAAUUGUAUCUUCAGCAGAAAAUAUUGUGUGAGCUUUCUGGGCAUAUUUAUCUUUUUGUAGAUUUAGAUGAGCAUCUCUUUGACGGAGAAGUGUGUGCCGUCAAUCACUUUGUAAAGUUACUAAAGGAUAUAAUAAUCUGUUUCUUAAAGAUCAGAGCUAAAGAUGUAGCUCAGUGCCCUUUAAAACUCCAUUCAGAAAGAACUGAAAUGAAAACUUUGCCAAGGAAACACUGGUCAUCUUUACAGGAUUACAGAUGUUCCAGUUUUGCUAAUACCAAUAAAUUCAGGCAUUUGUUAAGUAAUGGUGGAUAUCCAUUCAAAUGAGGGACCUAAAAUACAUUAAAAGUUUCAUGAAGAAUUAUUGGUCAACAUUUAAAGUUCAACCUACCAUAUUUUAUAAAUUGACCAUUCUGCACAGUUGACAAGUUUAUAAUUCUGACUUAUUAGAAUUUCUAAUUAUGCAUAUUAUAAAAUCUGCUUGUACUUUGGUAUGGUUUGCAACAUUUCAGUUACUCAGAAUGUAGGAAGCAGUAAGGAGGAGCAGAUGCUGCCUUUGAAUAUAUGACUGUAAGACUAAGUCAUGUGACUGGACAUACUUUUUAACUUGUUCAGUCUGCUUUAAAACGAGAGAAUAACAACAACUAAGAGUCAUUAAAACAUUGACUUCUUUUAUAAAUAGACUACAUUCCCUAAAAGAGCUUUGGUUUACAGCUCUUAAGAAUGUUGACAGGAAAAAAGAAAAAAUAUAUAACCUGGGAUGUAAUUUUUACUCACGUGAAAAUUAAGAUGUGGUUUGAAAAUUGGGCCAAGUUACAAUAUCAAAUACCACACACUCUCUUUGCCAGGGUACCCUAAAAUGGAAAUACUUAGGCUUUUUCAGGCAGAAGGUAAACAUGAGCCAUGAGAUGGUUCUGUGUGUUGCAGUGAAGCCGGGGAAUGUAGCCUGAGAAGUACGUAAGGGAUGUCUUCUCACAAUCCAUUGCCCUCGGACUUCGAAAUGCGACUUUUGAAUAAUAGAGGGGAUACUUACUUGACUCUGCUGGAAGAGCCCGAUGCUCAUCAGAGAAUGAGGAGAAGCCUUAUUUCAAGUUCUUCUGAAGUGCUCUUGUAUUUUGCAGGGAGGCUGAAAUAUAUUUUCAGUGUUGAAUAAGUAAUGGGACAUUACACGAUGCAAUUGAUAAAUUAGAAAAAGAUAGUUAAUUGAGACUGUGGUUAUGAAAAUAUUUGUGUUAACAAUAUAAUUAGUUUUUUCAGAAAUUAGGAGAAGCUUAAAUGAUCUGAGGAUGGAAACACACUAAGGACAAUUUUCUGCAUUCUGUCACACCCAGACUUGAAAAGAUGAGUAGAAAAACAUAGAUGUAUGUACUUUCACAUAUGAGGAGUGUUUUAAAUGGAUAAAAGAAGAAACAAGCACAUGAUUUCA